CCGAAGCGUUUGAGACACAAAAAAAAGGAGAAAGAAGGCAAAAAUACUUCUAACGGGAUUACUGGGAGCUUUAAUUCCUUUUUAUUGCCAAAGAGAGCCGAGUGUCGUGUGGGUUGAGAGACUGAGUGAUUCUCAUCUCGAGAUUUGAGGCUUCAUCUACCUGGACGACCCUUGAGCCUGGUCUCUCAUACCUCUGGGGGAUAACGGGAGAUUGACUUCGGAUUUAUCUUGUUUUUCAUUUGCUCCUGAGGCGUUGCAUCUAUCUGAAGGAUAGUAGAUCCAUCUACUGUACCUAAAGUACGAAGCUUUGCACAACACAUAUCAUCAUUCCUCCAACCAAAUCAACCUCUCAAAACAAAAACCAAAACUCACAAAAGCUUCAUAAACCAACAUGGCAACGCUCACUGCUCGCAUCAGCCUCAAAGGCGACGAACCAGACGGCCCAGAAGACUACCUCUCCACAUCUCUCGGCGUAAUCUUCCCCGACGACAUCACCAACCAGCACGGCGACGCAGAGCACUCCCUCAUCUACGCCUCACCAAAGCUGCCUAAGACGCUCCUCAUCGAACUCGCAGACCCCGAAGGCGAAACCGACCGGCGUCUGUUCAGCCAUUACCUCUGGAACGCAUCAUUGCUGCUGGCAGAGUUCAUCGAGCGGGACUCGCUGGAGGCCACGACUGAGGACGAGGAGAAGCAGGACAGGGGCCUCGGAGGAGACAUCAGCUUCGAUACUAGGGGUCUGCACACGCUCGAGCUGGGAGCUGGCACGGCGCUGCCCAGCAUGAUGGCCGGCCUGCUCGGCGCCGCGAGCGUCGUCGUGACGGACUAUCCCGCGCCCGCGGUCAUGAAGACGCUCCGCGAGAACGUCGCCCGCAACAUCAAGCCCGACCUCGCCCCCACCGGCAAAUCCGACCUCGUCACAACAUCCAUCCUCGUCGACGGCCACGAAUGGGGCGUCUUCGACAACGCCUCGGCUUCUUCCCCGUUCCCGUCUUCGCACGCACACCUCUCCGACCGCCUCUUCGUCGCAGACUGCCUCUGGAUGCCCUGGCAGCACGAAAACCUGCGCCGCUCCAUCGGCUACUUCCUCAAGAAGACGGCCGAGGCGCGGGCGUGGGUCGUCGCGGGCUUCCACACGGGGCGGCCCAAGAUGGCGGGCUUCUUCGAUGAGCGGGCGCUGCGCGAGGAGGGCGGCGUGGAGGUGGAGAGGAUGUGGGAGAGGGACUGCGAUGGCGUGGAGAGGGAGUGGGACAGUGAGCGAGAGGACGACAUCACGGAGAGGAAGAGGUGGCUUGUGGUUUGCGUGUUGAAGAGGUGUGAGGGGAUGGUGGAUGCUUGAGCGUUUUCGUGUUGGCAUUUGAAGAAUACACAAGAUUUUAUUGGUUUUGGUGAGUAGUGAGAUUUAAUUCUCUACUCUGCGCUGGUGAUGAGUUAUGUAUGCUAGAUACAAUGCAUUUUUUGUUUCUUUUU